GCGUGUGGCGGACUAGCGUGGCGGUAACACGAACCAGUGUGUCUCGUGUAAGUGAUGGGUAAGGUUGUGCGCGCACCAUUCCCUGGCCACCACUAACACAGCCAUUACUCCUCCUACCUUAAUACACGUCGUAUGAUAGUGACUUCUCAUUGUAAGAGCCAGUCCGGGUCGCUAUACGCUGGAGACUGAGACGUCGGUCGGGAAGUACACAUUGUUGUGAAACAAGUGAAUAUAACAAACACGAGAUGAAAAGUCUUCUUAGUGCUGCCAUGUGAGCAUUGAUACGCCCGGUGUGAUAUGGACUUCCGAGUGUAACAUUAGCCUCAAGAUUAUUCUGAAACUUAUGACUUUGUGAGUCAACUAGACAGAAGAAAAUUGUCAAGUUUAAAUAACCGCUUAAAUCUUGUUGAAUUGACAGCACCGGUGAUGACCAAGGAACAAGCUUCCCAGUGAUUCGUGAAUGAGCGGUGGCAGAUGGUGAACCGUGCACGUGCUGCAGGUGGUGCAGGCGGCUGCUAUUGAUUAUCGAAGUAAAUCAGCUGGCACUACGUUCUGGAAGAGAGAGAGAGAGAGAGAGAGAGAGAGAGAGAGAGAGAGAGAGAGAGAGAGAGAGAGAGACUCAACAUGUGUAGCAUUAUGGACGUGCGUUUCAUGUGGCCGGCCUAGUUCAACUGCUUGCUAUUUAGUGUAUUCUUAAAACUUGCAAUUGUCAAAGGCGAGCGCGCCCGCGCAUGCAACGGAUCCCCUUCAACAUACACCAAGUUGUUAUCGCGUGUGUAUGUUCGUGAAUGCAUGACUGGCCUGCCAUUUACUGGUUCCAAUGACAUCCACGACAUCGGCGGAGACCUGUCUGCCUAAGGGCGACAUAGAGGUCUGCCCUAGACCUUCGCCGUCUGUAUUUGACACCACUGCCACCCCCUCCCCAACCCCUUCCAUCAUCACCACUCCGGCCUCCACAGCCACUCCCAUGGCUACCCAAGAACCCAGUGACGGUGACUCCAUCAUGUUGCUUGAACCGCGGCCGUUUCGACCCUUCAAAACCUCCGAGGAGUACCUCUACGCCAUGAAGGAAGACCUCGCCGACUGGCUCAACAACCUCUAUAGCCUUGACAUCAACGUGGACAACUUCUUCGAGCGGCUGGACACCGGGGAAGUGCUCUGUGCGCACGCCAACAACGUGCGUCGCCUGGCGGAGGAGCGACGCACCCAGGACACGGAGCACCAGCACAGUCAGGCGGGAGGACGGCGGUUCUCCAGUCGCUGGGACAUCCCGCAGUACGAUGUGGUGUACCGCCAGAACAUUAACCCAGGCUCCUUCUUCGCCCGCGACAACGUGCACAACUUCAUCACCUGGUGCCGCGACCUUGGCAUCUACGAAGUGCUGCUCUUCGAGACGGACGACCUGGUGCUCCGGAAGAACGAGAAGCACGUCAUCCUGUCCCUGCUGGAGGUGGCGCGCCGAGGAGCCAGGUUCGGCAUGGCAGCGCCCCUGCUAGUACAGAUGGAGGCUGACAUUGACAGGGAGAUGGAACAGGAGCGGCUGGCGGAGGAGAGAAUGGCUGAGAGCGGCGGCAAGCUGGAAGACGAGGAGGACGCUUGGGGCUCAGGGACUAGAGACCUGAGCAUCCCGGAGCCGCCAAAGAUGUUCUACGGCCCCCAGGCGCAGGUCAUCACCAACGACCUAAAGAGUCUCGACGAAAUGGUGAGUACCCGUGACCCUGUGUGUGCCGCCGCCCCGCUGGCUGGCGGGGCUGCCGGAACCUUUCGUAUGGAAGGCGUUUUGUUCUUGUAGUUCGCUCCGUAUACU